AUGAGGAGUACAAGGACGACUUCUUUCAAAUCAAAAUUUAAGAACACACAAGAAACAAUGUUGAAUCUAGAUGAAGGCGAUGAUGAUUUCAUCGCUCCGCCUAUAGAACCUCAUCCAGAGCCAGUUAAUGUUGAUACUACAAGGCAAACAAAUUUGAGAAGGAACUAUCGUACCAGAUCAACACCCAUGAAAGAGAAUAUCAGUUCUCAACCAACAGAUGUUAACAAAGAUAAAGAAGAGACAAUACCAAGUGAUAACACAGUUGUUGGAAGGAUGAAAAGGAAAGGUUUUGCGAGAAGUACACCUGUUAAGGAUAGUAAGAUAUCCUCAGAAGCAAGUGGUGAAAGGAAAAAACCAAGAAGUUUAAAUGAGUUACUUAUGGAGAGUAUGAGCAGGUCAAAGAAAAACAAUGAAAAGGCAAAAUUUGGUGUGGAAAUGGAAGAUAAGGAAAAUGUUGUAAAGAGAAAAAAGAUAGUGAAUGAUGCACAUUCAAAGAAAUCUCCAAAGAGAAAGAAGGGAAAAAUAGGGAAUGAAAAUGUUAAUACCAAAACAAUGGAGGGGAAGGUCAGAAAAGUAAGCAAGAACCAUCCAGAAGGGUAUAGAAGACUUGAAACUAGGAUGACUCCUGGAAGGAUUAGUGCAACUGUCAAAGUAAUGUCCCCUGCACAGAAAAAUGGGAUUGUAUCUAUGGGUUUUGGUUCACUUCUGAACAUUGACAUGGAUACUACUCUGGGGUUACUUAAAUACUAUUUGUUAGAUCACUAUGAUCCAGAUAGUAGCUGUCUAGUUCUGGAGAAUAUGGUCAUAACAACUACGAAAGACACAGUGCAUGACAUGUUAGGUUUACCAAAUGUAGGGGAAGACUUCUUGAGCGUGAUUAGUUGUGAGAAAGAUAAUGAAGUUCUGCAAGAAUGGAAAAGUCAAUAUGAUAAAAAAGGGUUUAAUGUUGAAGAAUACAUCUAA